AAAUAGACUGAUCCCGAAACAAGGAAGUAUGGCGGAGGGUGGAAAACAAUCAGACGACGAAAAUCCUUUUUCGUUUAAAAAUUUCGUGACAAAGAAAGAUACUAAAGAUUCCGUCGUAGAAUCAUCAAGCGCAGAUGAUGAAUUUGAUAUUUUUGCAAUUCCCGAUGUAAUGCCAUCCAAACGGCGUGAACAAUCGAAAAAAAUAGUUGUUAUAGAAGCAGAUGAUGAUUUACCUACUCAAAGAAAAAAAGGAAAGUCAGAUAACCCAUUCUCUUUCAAGAAGUUUUUGUCAGGGCCAGUUAAACCAUCUAAUGGCUCAGUUAAUAUACCAACAAUUGAAAACACACACUCAGCUCCACACCCAAAGACAACUACCAGUAUUGGUUCUACCAGCAAUAUGCCAAUACCCUCUGAUUUACCCGACUUUGUACAGGACCAUUACUCAGAUAACAAACGUGCAAGACAAUUAAAAAAAUUGCCCAAUGCGAAUCAGGAUGAAGUUCCUUCAUUUGCAGAUGUUAAUGAACAGCUGGAUAGUGUGGAUAAAGUACUGCUUAAAAGCAGCUCAAAUACACCUCUCAGUGACAAAGUAAAAACACCAAGUGUGAUGAAUAUUAGUAGUAGUUUAGAAGACAUCGAUCAAUUUUCAGACACUCUUGUUUCUAGCUCAUCUGACUUGAUAGCUAGUCUACCUGAUUUUCUAAGUGAUGGUGCUAUAAAUUCGAGCAGGGUGCAGUCUAAUAACACUUCACACUCUCUGAGCGAAGAGAACCCAGAACUCAAAUUGUUACAAGCUGAAAAUGACAGAUUAAGAAGGCAUUUAGAAGAAACUAGGAGGCUUCAGACACAAGAUGCGUUAAGGGUAAGUGAACUACAACAACAAUUAGUGGCUCAGAAGAAGAAGGAGGCAGAAGAGACAGCAGCCAUGGAACAUGCAAUGGAAAAAGUGGAAGAAAACCUCUCACUGACUACGAAACGAGCUGUUCAGGCAGAAAGUACUGUAACAAGACUGAAACAGGAAUUAAAGGCUGCUCAGCAUGAAAUAAAAUCUCUGCAAGCAGAAAACACCCUGCUGCUCUCUGGAGACACUUUUCUUCGCGAUAUCAAAGAGCGGACCAGCUACGUGGCUGACCAGCUUUCCUCUGCCACAAAUGCAGCAGAAACUAACCUCCGACAACUGUUGAACGGAGUAGGACAACUGAAGUUAUUCUCGCAAGUGCUCUCGUCAAUAGACAAGAUCAGCGAAGCACCUUCAGAUUCCACCUUCCAAAAUAAGCCGAAUACUUGACAAAAACAUACAAUCAUACCUCAUAUAGAAACCUUGGGACCUUAAGAAUAUGUGAAAUGGUGAAGUUUUGAAAAUCAAAUCGAUUUACAAAUAUAUCAUCAACAACAUACAAAACCUACUAAGCCACUAGAUGCGUCCAUCGCUUGUGAACAACUUGGCGCCACCUCGGAAUUAGAAUUUCCUUGUUUAUUGAUUCCUCUCAAAUCAAUGUUACAAUUGGUUAGAACAUAGGCCCGUAACCAGGUCAUGGGGCCCGACCCCUCCCCCAGCUGGCUAUCGAGUUAGGAAUUAAAAAAGGGCCUACUGCAAAUAUUUCUUUCAUGAAACGAUCCACAGUAAACUCUAUCUGAAUACAAAAGAACAGAUGUGUUUGAUUGUCCCUGAUAAACAAGAGGAUUAGCACUUAUUUAAACGCCAGUAGAGAUAAGCCUCUUGGAAAUGUUUUAUAAUCGCCUUGCACUCACAUCUCCGAUCAGUCAAUUUCCACUUUUGAUCAUGAAUGCUUCAUCUAUCAAUGGUUGAUGUAUUGCGUUUCUGAUUUACCAAGGAAAGAGACGUAGCUAAUGGAAGCAACUGAUACGGGAUGUGUUAGGUCUGAAAAUUGCGGAUAUUAAUAAGUUGUGAAAAACAAAUAAUGUUGGAAGCAAUUAGAGCGGUGAUAUGGAUAAUCGUCAUAAAUUUGAACCGGUUAGUUUCUUUGUCGAAGUCCAAGGCCCAUACCUUCGCCAAAAAUGAAUGGACCGGAACGAGUCAUACUUCAUCUGAAAGUCAUCUAGGUAGACUCACACACCAAAUAUCAGGUCAAUAUCGUCAAGCGUUUUGAAAGGAAAAGGAAAUGCCAGUCGGACGGACGGACAGUCUGACUGCUUUAUGCCACAUUACCGGGGGGCAUAAAAAUCAGCUCUAAAUCUGAAAGAGUUGUGUUAUCAACUUUUCGGAAAUCGAUUCUUAUAGAGAAAAAAACAAGGCCCAUAACUUCGCCAAAAUUCCAUUGACCGGAACAAAUUUCACUAUUCGCCUGUUGUUCAUGUAGGUAGACUCCCACACCAAAAAUCAGCUCAAUAUCUGAAAGUGUGAGUUAAAAACCUCUGGAGAACAGUUAUUUUAGAGACAAUUUCAAAGUCCAAUCUGAUGUCGAAGUUGCAGACGAUUGUUAUGGUUUUAUCUGUGUUGAUGAUGGUGAAAGUACACAUCUGUAGUAGAUUAUAAACAUUUGAUUAGGAAUUUACCUUCAAACUUGAGAGGAGGUUUGAAUUCAAAGAGAAAGUGAUAUUAUGGAUAUAUGUCAGUUAUACUUUGAUACAUUUCUUAAUAAAGGUUUUUAAUUUUCAAA